GAAAACUUGCUGGCUUGUUAAGCGAGUCUUGGGGUGUGCACCCGGUCGCUCAGGCCAUCAGAGGUGUGUUGCCACCUUGCCACGCGGUAGAGGAGUCCCAUCCCAAGCCUCUUUGGUAGCCUCAAUGGCUUGUUGAUAAUGUGCUCUACUUUCCUCCUGGCAGUAGGGUCCGGACUUUUCACUCCUGGAUAACUCAUAGCUGAUACCCCAAUUAUUUUGGAUUCUAAUAUAUAUUCCAACCACACAAAAAAACACACACACACACUACUUUCUUAUAGCUCCCAGUAAGCUAGUGGAUUUAAAAUCCAAUUCCUAUAAACCCAAGGCAGUGGGCAGUGGGCAGUGGGCAGGGCAACCCACAAUGGGAAACUCUUCUGAGAUUCUAGAGGAACCAAAAGAAACCAUCAACAACUACAAUCAAAGGAAGCUAACCCUCCUGCCGCUCAUCUUCCUAAUCCAUUUCCAAGCCUCUGGCGGCCCUUUUGGAGAAGAAUUAGCAGUAAAGGCCACUGGACCCCUCUUCGCCAUCCUUGGCUUCCUUAUCUUCCCUUUCAUCUGGAGCAUCCCACAAGCUCUCCUCACCGCCGAGCUUGCGACCACCUUCCCCGGCAACGGCGGUUAUGUCAUAUGGGCCUCUCAUGCAUUUGGCCCCUUCUGGGGCUUCCUCAUGGGGUCAUGGAAAUUCUCUAGUGUAGUCAUCAAUAAUGCUUCCUACCCUCUCCUCUGCAUCGACUACUUGAAACUGUUGUUCCCUGUUUUUGAAUCAGGCCUUCCUCGAUUUCUCGCCAUCUCCUCUGCGACCUUCAUCUUGUCUUUCCUUAACUACACUAGUGUAACAAUAUUUAGUUAUGCCUCAGUUGCUCUAGGUACAGUCUCACUCAUGCCAUUCCUAGUAAUGGCUUUGGCUUCCAUACCCAAAAUCAAACCCCAACGUUGGAUCAGCUUGGGUCAGCCAGGGAUGAAAAAAGAUUGGAAUCUAUACUUCAAUACUCUGUUCUGGAACUUGAAUUAUUGGGACAACGUGAGUACUUUGGCAGGAGAAGUAGACCAACCCCAAAAAACCUUCCCAAAAGCACUUCUGUCAGCUGGAAUCCUUACUUGUUUGGCCUAUGUGAUCUCUCUUAUGUCCACAAUUGGGUCACUUGAAUUGAAUCAAGAGAGAUGGGAUGAUGGGUUCUUAGCAGAAGCUGCCGGAAUAAUAGUAGGUGAGUGGCUAAAAAUCUGGAUUGAAUUUGGUGUAGUAGUGUCUGCAAUUGGAGUCUUUGAAGCUCAAUUGAGUACUUCUUCAUUCCAGCUUCUGGGCAUGGCAGAUACAGGAUUCUUGCCGCGAUGCUUCAUGUCGAGAUCGAAAUGGUUUGAUACACCAUGGGUAGGGAUCUUAGUAUCAAGCCUUAUGACAUAUGCAGUCUCUUUUAUGGACUUCACCAACAUAAUAUCAGUAGCGAAUUUCUUGUAUGGUUUGGGGAUGUUAUUGGAGUUCUCUUCAUUUAUCUGGCUAAGAUGGAAGCAUCCCUUGUUGAAGAGACCAUUUAAAGUGCCAAUGGGGAUAAUAGGUUCAGCUCUGAUGUGUUUGGUUUCAACUGGGAUUUUGAUCUAUGUGAUGGCUAUUGUGAAUGAAGUGGUCUAUGUGGUGAGUGCUUCACUGACACUUGCUGGUGUUGUUGGAUAUUUUCUCAUGAGAUUUUGUAAGUCUACGAGGUGGCUUGAGUUCAACAAUGUUGAAGAUGAACCUGAGGAGAUUGAAAGGGUUGGCUUGCUGCCUCAGUCUUAAGGUCCAAAACCUACUAAACUGAGAAAUUGGUAACCCAAAUAAUGAAACUUUUGUGUUAAUUUGAGCAACUUAAAUGAACUUUUAGUUUCAAAAGCUGUAGGAAACAAGAAUAAGAUCUGUGAUGUGGAUGACAUAUCAUCUGAUAUUGUUCUUUUAUGGCAAGGAUAAGGAUUUGGUUUGUUGUA